AUGCCUCCUUCUACCGAAACGAACAAGAAUGCGCAGCUCGAAAUAUUGAGCAGAGUGGAUGAAAUUGUCAAGGGACGAGCCAAAACGACCGAACUGAUUUCGUUGCAGAAACCAAUACCGGUCUUGGACUAUUCGGAUGUCGUGGUGGGCCGCGAACUCGGAGCGGGAAGUUUCAGUUGUGCCUAUGAAAUCAAAAGCAUUGGCAAGAAAGUCAUGACGCAACAGUACAUCAUGAAGAAAUUGUCGGCCAAAGUGGUAGCCAACCCGUUGCUGUUUGUGGCUUGCGCUGCGGACUUGAUCAAUGAAGGAAGAAUACUGGCGGCGAUUCAGCAUCCGAAUGUGGUUCAAUUGCGGGGAUGGAGCGGGCCGAAUAUGAUCGAGGAUUACUUUCAGCACUCGCAACGCGAAAAAUGUUAUUUGAUUAUGGAUCGACUCGAUCAAAAUAUGGAAACCAAAUUAGUCCAAUGGAAAGAAAGCAAACCCAGCAUGUGGAAUUUGCCGUCCAAGAGAAAACAGCUGGAAGAUGAUCUGAAACGAGAGAGGUAUACUGGUAUAAUACAUCUGGCGAGAGGGUUGGAACAUUUGCAUCAGCACAAUGUAUUGCAUCGAGAUUUGAAGCCUGGAAACAUUGGAUUCGAUGCUUCGGGCACCUUGAAGAUAUUUGAUUUUGAUUUGGCGCGAGUAUUGCCAAAGUCAGAUGACAAGGAUGCAACCUUUCAGCUGACGGCCAAGGUUGGAUCGCCCCGAUACAUGGCUCCCGAGGUGGUUGGUGGAGAAUCCUACAACUUGAAGGCAGAUGUCUACAGUUUUGGUUUAUUAGCCUAUCAAAUAUUGACUGGAAAGACACCGUUCAAGGGAAUACAAUUUGACUGGUCCAAAAGCAAUAGCAAAAUUCCAAAAACAUGGACUUCGGAUACAAGAUUAGUAAUGGAACAAUGUCAAUCGAAAAACCACAAGGAGCGACCAACCAUGGUCAUCUGUGUCCAGGAACUGGAAUUGGCCAACAAAUUUGCCGCCAGUAAGAACGAUGAGACCACACAAGAAUCGUCCUCGGAUCCAUUUGGAUUGGGCAAUAUGUGUGGAGUCAAUGUGUGUGGAGUUGGCAUGGACGACUUUAAUGAAAUGCUAGGAUUGGCGCCGACUACCGCUUCGGACGACGAAUCUCCUCAAUGA